AUGCCAAACCCCUACAAGACCUACGAGAAAGCCAGCGAGGGCGUCGGUAUUGCAGGCGCAGCAGCAGGUGCCAGUGGAGGCUUCCCCAAUCCCAUGGGUGGAGUGCAGAAUGCUCAACUGGCAUACCAUACGCACCAGUAUGGAAAGAUCCAAUCACAAGGCAUGAAACAAGCCUUGGUGAAUGAGGAUCGAGCACGCCAGAACCAACGUGAAAUGUCGACUCCUCAGGUGCAGGCUUCGUCCUUGACAUAUGGAUCCAAUGGGAUUACCAAAGAGAAUGGUUAUGUGAAGGACAGGAAUGGAAAUAUCAGCUACCAGGGCAAGAAAUGA